CGGCAGCGUUAAAAAUAGCAUCUUCCCCGGUAUGGCGCUCUACGGCUACAAGCGUCGUCAACAUCAAGUCGCGGACGAAGAAGCCGAAUCCGCCCGCGAUCCCUUGCUGCGAUGCGCGGAUCUGAUCCUCCCGUGGCUGACCCCGCAAGAGCUCGCCGCCGUCUCCCUCACCUCCGCCGGCCUCCGCCGCGCCUCCCUAUCCGUCGCCCGACGCCGCUCCUCCGACGCCGCCCGGGGCCUCGAGCCCCUCCCCGUCCCCUUCCUCAGCGCCGUCGACUCCCGCCCUUACGCCUACUUCCUCUACGCCCCUUCCUCCUUCUCUCGGGCCCUCUCCCCGCCUAACGAUGCCCUACUCCCUCUUCGCCAGCCGUGGGGCUCCUCGAGCCGGACGGUCGAUCGACCGACCGCGUUCCCGAGCCGCGAGGCGGCGGAUGUGGUGGUGGGCGGCGUGGUGCUGGGGUGCGGUUGCGAGAGGUGCGAGGGACGUGAUUGCGCUUGUUGGGGUGGCGAUGGUGGUGGGGAGGAGGAGGAGGAGGUGGUGGUGGUGGUGAGCGAGUGCGGGCCUGGUUGCGGGUGCGGGUCGGAGUGCGGGAAUCGGGCGAGCCAGAGAGGUGUGGAGGUGAGGUUGAAGAUUGCGAGGGAUAAGAAGAAAGGAUGGUGCUUGUUCGCCGAUCAGGCGAUCGAGAAGGGGCGAUUCGUAUGCGAGUAUGCAGGUGAACUCUUGACGACGAAAGAGGCAAGGGCGCGACAAAAAGAAUAUGAUGAACUUGCAUCGAGUGGAGGUUUCUCAUCUGCUCUUCUGGUGGUGAGGGAGCAUCUUCCCUCUGGAAAGGCCUGCUUGAGGAUAAACAUCGAUGCCACAAAAGUGGGAAAUGUGGGGAGAUUCAUUAAUCAUUCUUGUGAUGGCGGUAACUUGUCCACGGUAUUAGUGAGGAGCACAGGAGCUUUGCUUCCUCGCCUCUGCUUCUUCGCUUCAAAUGACAUACGAGAAGGUGAAGAGUUGAGUUUUAGUUAUGGAGAGACUAGGCUCAGGUCCAAUGGUUUACAGUGCUAUUGUGGGGCCUCUAAUUGUUUUGGAGUACUUCCUUCAGAACACACUUAAAAAGCAAAUGCAAAAUUAUCACUUUGUUAGCACUGUCUUUUCAAUCUCUAGUUUGAGUAUUAAACCUACAUGCAUUCGUCUUCUAA